AUGGGCCAUCCUACUAAUACUGCGGAUGUUAGGAAAGACCGUGUGGUCACAAACUCUCAAGGUGCUCCAAUUAAUGAACCAUUUGCUACGCAACGUGUAGGACAGCAUGGUCCUUUGUUGUUGCAGGAUUUUAACCUUCUUGAUUCGUUAGCUCAUUUCAACAGAGAACGGAUUCCAGAACGUAACCCUCAUGCUCAUGGAUCAGGUGCGUUUGGGUACUUAGAAAUUACAGAUGAUAUCACGGACGUGUGCGGUUCAGCGAUGUUCGAUACCGUGGGGAAGAGAACGCGAUGCCUUGUUAGAUUUAGUACUGUUGGUGGUGAGAAGGGUUCUGCCGAUACGGCACGUGACCCAAGAGGGUUCGCUAUCAAGUUCUAUAGUGAAGAAGGGAAUGUCGACUGGGUCAACAACAACACGCCAGUCUUCUUCAUCAGAGAUCCUUCUAAGUUCCCACAUUUCAUUCAUACUCAAAAGAGAAACCCAGAAACCAAUAUGAAGGAUGCUGACAUGUUUUGGGACUUUUUGACGACAGAGGAGAAUCAAGUCGCAAUUCAUCAAGUGAUGAUCUUGUUCUCCGAUCGUGGUACUCCAGCUUCUUAUCGUAACAUGAACAGUUACUCGGGUCAUACUUACAAAUGGUCUAACAAGCAAGGUGAAUGGCGCUACGUGCAAGUGCAUUUGAAGACAGAUCAAGGUAUUAAGAACUUGAACAACGAGGAGGCGACUAAGUUGGCUGGUGAAAACCCUGACUACUGUCAAAAGGAUUUGUUUGAAAACAUCGCCAAGGGUAAUUACCCAUCUUGGACCCUUUACAUUCAAACUAUGACCGAAGAAGAGGCAGAAAAAUUGCCAUUCUCUGUAUUCGAUCUAACAAAAGUUUGGCCUCAUAAGCAGUUCCCAUUGCGUCGUGUAGGUAAGAUGGUUUUGAAUGAAAAUCCAGAAAAUUACUUCGCUCAAGUGGAACAGGCUGCAUUCUCCCCAUCGCACACCGUCCCAUACCAAGAAGCUUCUGCUGACCCUGUCUUACAAGCACGUUUGUUCUCUUAUCCAGAUGCCCAUCGUUACAGAUUAGGCCCUAACUAUUCUCAAAUCCCUGUUAAUUGUCCAUAUGCAUCGAAGGUUUUCAACCCAGCUAUCAGAGAUGGCCCAAUGAACGUUAACGGCAAUUUGGGCAAAGAGCCAAACUAUUUGUCUACUUCUAAGAAGUACCAAUUCAUUCAACAAUCAAAGCCAAUUCAACAACAUCAAGAAGUAUGGUCUGGGCCUGCAAUGCCUGUACAUUGGGCAACCUCACCAGGAGACAUCGAUUUCGUUCAAGCCAGAGACUUGUAUAACAAAGUGUUGAGCAAACAGCCAGGUCAACAAAAGGCAUUGGCCCACAAUGUCGCAGUACACGUAGCAAGUGCAUGCCCUGAAAUCCAAGACCGUGUAUUUGCCAUGUUUGCAAGAGUCGACCGUGGUCUAUCUGAAAACAUCAAAAAGGAAGCUCUGAGCUUAUCCCCAAGAAAGGCUGCUGCAUUGAAUGCAAAGUUAUAG